GAGUAAUCAAAUUCAAAUAUUACUUAUUCUUGGACCCAACCUUGCUUCUUCAACUUGAAUACUUCUUAUUCAUCUCAUCUCUUCUUAUAAGAGUUGCAAGCAGAGGAAACUGUGAAAAGAAAAACUAAUUAAACACAAAAAUAAUGGGAAAACGAGAAUUGAGUGUGCUGAAUGCACUGGAUGUAGCAAAAACACAAUGGUAUCAUUUUACAGCAAUCAUCAUUGCAGGAAUGGGGUUUUUCACUGACGCCUACGAUCUUUUCAGUAUAUCAAUUGUCACCAAACUCCUUGGUCGUUUAUACUACACUGAACCUAACCCUACAAAGCCAGGAUCUCUACCCAUAAAUGUAGCUGCGGCUGUCAAUGGUGUGGCCUUAUGUGGUACCCUUGCCGGCCAACUCUUUUUUGGUUGGCUCGGCGACAAAAUGGGUAGAAAAUCUGUCUAUGGUAUCACCUUGAUAAUGAUGACCUUUUCUUCAAUUGCAUCUGGGCUUUCCUUUGGGAAUGAUCCGAAGGGGGUCAUGACCACUCUUUGCUUCUUUCGAUUUUGGCUUGGAUUUGGCAUUGGAGGGGACUAUCCAUUGUCCGCUACUAUUAUGUCCGAGUAUGCUAAUAAAAAAACCCGUGGAAGCUUUAUUGCUGCGGUGUUUGCUAUGCAAGGGGUUGGGAUCUUAACUGGGGGGAUUGUAGCACUUAUUGUAGCUUCUGGAUUGGAAAGCAAAUUCCAUCCACCUUCUUUUGAGGAAGAUCCUGCAGGAUCACUCACCCCUGAAGCUGAUUAUAUUUGGCGAGUUGUGUUAAUGUUCGGAGCCAUUCCAGCAGCGUUGACCUACUAUUGGCGUAUGCAGAUGCCUGAGACUGCUAGGUACACUGCCUUGGUGGCCAAAAAUGCUCAUAAGGCUGCCCGAGAUAUGUCGAAGGUAUUGAACGUUGAGCUUCAAGGUGAAGAAGACAAACUUCAGAAAAUCGUCCAAGAUGAGAGGAAUACCUUUGGCCUCUUCUCUAAGCAAUUUGCACGCCAAUAUGGCCUACGUCUAUUGGGUACGACCAGCACAUGGUUCUUACUUGACAUCGCUUUUUACAGUCAAAACCUAUUCCAAAGCAACAUUUUUAGCUCUAUUGGAUGGAUUCCUGACGCCAAUAAAAUGAGUGCCAUUCGAGAAGUGUACAAGAUUGCAAGAGCCCAAACUCUAAUUGCUUUAUGUGGCACUGUACCAGGAUAUUGGUUCACCGUAGGCUUAAUCGAUAUCAUGGGAAGAUUCACCAUCCAAAUGAUGGGUUUCUUCUUUAUGACAGUCUUCAUGUUUGCCAUUGCCAUUCCAUACGAGCAUUGGCAAAAGAAAGCAAAUAGAGUAGGGUUUUUAGUCAUGUAUGGACUGACUUUUUUCUUUGCCAAUUUUGGGCCUAAUGCCACAACAUUUGUAGUCCCAGCUGAAAUAUUUCCGGCAAGGUUAAGGUCUACUUGUCACGGAAUAUCAGCUGCUGCAGGCAAGGCUGGGGCUAUUGUAGGUGCUUUCGGAUUCCUGUACGCCUCCCAAGAGAAGGAUCCUGCUAAGAGGAGUGCUGGUUACCCUCCAGGUAUAGGGAAGAAGAACUCACUCAUUGUGCUUGGAGUCAUUAAUUUUUUAGGCAUGGUUUUCACGUUGUUGGUGCCUGAGCCCAAGGGCAUGUCACUUGAGGAGGCAUCCGGGGAAGCUACUGCUGAUGUCAAUGACUACGAUGAUGUGACCAAAGCUUAAUUUCCAUAGUUCAUCACUGCAACUAAUUUAUUUGCUUGCAUUGCUUCUUUAAUAUACUAUCAUAUCUCUUGGGUCUGCCCUAUAAUCUUGUGUAUACAUGCAAACUUAAUGAGAAAAAUAGAGUAAUUCUUGUAAAUUAUGUAUAUACGUACAGAUAUAUACUUGCAUAGUAGUGUAUGAAUGUUUACUGAAUUGAUUUUUGUUUCUACUAAUAAUAUCUCUCUU